AUGUCCGAGCUUUCCUUUACCAAGACCUUUCUCUCUACGCUGGACUCUCGUCCUAUUAAGCUGCGGGCUGACCAUGUCUUCGACCCGGAGCGGAUUGGUUUGCGUGUCCCGUACACUCUCCCCCGCCUUCAAGCCCCGCACCCCGAGAUGCCGAAGAAGGUGAAGCAUACACAGGCCCCGGGCUCUUCGAAGUCGAUCAACAUCAAUGUCAAGUCCGCGCGGAAUCCGGCCCUUGAAUUCUCCAUUUCCAGCGCUCCUAUUUCUACGACGACCGUGCAGGAUUUGCGAGAUGCUGUGCGUGCCCGUGUCAGCGACACGCAAGGCAACCAAGUGCCACUGGACAAGAUCAAGAUUCUGUACCACCGGAAGCCUGUCAUGGGAACAGGAAAGACCGUGGCGGAGAUCCUGGCCGACGAACCCGAGAUGUUGGCAGGAGGGAAAGCCGUUGAGUUUGGCGUGAUGAUUAUCGGAGGCGCUCAGGCAAUGGAGGCACCAUCUCGACCAGAAGUCACAGACCAUCAUGUGUCUCCGCCCAAGGCUGCGGUUGGGCCAAGUGGCGAGGAGGUGUUGCAGACCGACGCUUUCUGGAAUGAUCUCCAGGGCUAUCUGGAGCAGCGGUUGAAGGACGAGGACGAGGCGAAACGGUUACAGGCGCUGUUCAAGGAUGCUUGGAGCUCGAGUCGGUCAUAG